AUGACCUUCUUCGAGCUAGCUCAAAGCUUACUUCGAGGCUACUUGGACAGUUCCGAUCUUCCAGUCGAGGUCGUAUUUGCAGGCGAAAAACACCAGCAGUGGUCCGCAGGCCCAUACACCGUUUCUGUCACUGAAACAGGCGCCACUACCACAUUGAUAAACCUUGUGAGGAAAAGUGAAACAAAGACAGCCGUUGUAGAUUGGGCCGAAUGGGGCAUUGAGCCGGACUGCGAGGUGUCUGCGCAACUUCGCCGCCGCUUUGCGGAUUUCUUGGACGAGAAGUUUUUCCCACAAUUGACCUCAGAUCGCCAGGAUCGGAGAGAUCCCAAUGACAGGACAGAACAGAAACCGGGCCCGGACCAGCAGAACAUUCUCCCACGGCGAUUGGAGAAGGUCCGCCCAACGGGCCCCGAAAGACCGCCCGACAUGCCGGAUUUCGAUGAUGAGUAUGAACUCAAAGAUACACACAGACCAGCAGCCGCACCUCCGGCUCUUGUGGGAGAUCGUGAUCUUUACCCGGCCGGCCUUCCGCGGCACCCGGAGAUGAAGCCUUAUUUGGACCCUUUGGCCGACGGCCCACGCGGCGGAAUGUAUGUUGGACCAGACGAUCCUAUGUUCGGAUCGCAGCGUGGUAAUACAAGCCGCAGAGGCGUGCCGCCGGGUGCACGGUUUGACGAUCCGUAUGGCGAGGACAAUUUGGACGAUAUGGGAAUGGGAUUGCCCGGUGGUCUUCGCGGACCCGGAUCGGGUUUUGGUGGCCCAGGUUUUGGGCCCGGAUCGGGAUUUGGGCCUGGAGGACCUGGAUUUGGAUCCGGAGGAGCAGGAUUCGGCGGGUCCGGAUUUGGAUUUUGA